ACCGGGAACAUAAUGUGUAACACCUGACAAUAGACAACUGAAACUAAUUAUGAGCCAUUAGUGACUUCUGAGACAACUGAUUAGCAAUUGCUAGUUACACACACUAUAGAAAGGCCAGAUCAGAAGCAUCACCACAUGGUGUGUUGAAAGCUUUUCUUUUUAUUUUGUUGUGAACAGUGCAUGGUUGGUUUGACCUGACCUGGCUUACUAUGGGUGCAACAACAAUGUGGAUUUUAAGUUACUAUUUAGCAGUACUUUUAGCCCUUGGUGCAUGUGAUGUUGCAACUAGUAAGUAUUAUUAUUAUUAUGUCCAGCAUUACAUAAUUGAUCUAAUGCUAAUGGUUUAUGUAGUUUUUGCAUAUAGCCCUGGUAGCAAUGGUGGACUUCCUGGACCUAACAAUCCCAGCAAGAGUACAAUUUACAGUGCUGCAGUUAAAGGGGGUUAUGACACCGAAAGCUACAGUUCCCAGGCUGGCUCUUCAGGCAUUCUCAUGGCGGUAGAUAAAACUGGCUCUGAUUCUUCCACUAGAAGCCAACUUCAGGGAUCUGGUGUUUAUUCAACGGGAAGUGGUAGUCUUGUUUAUGGUACUGUGGGUAAUGCAGUGAAUGUUGGCAUGUCUGGGAAUGAUGCAAGUCCAUCAACUAAUGUUCAACAAUCUGAAGUCAUUAGUUCGUCUGUCUUGAUGCCAUUUCAGCAAAGCAGUUAUUCUGUUCCUAAUCCAGUGCUGCUGACUAGUUCCCAGUCUGCAGUGCAUGCUGGUAGAAGACCCCAUAAGCCUCUAAGUGGUAAACGCCACCAAUCUGGUUCCAAUAUUGUUUUAGGUUCCAGGCCAUUUCAAAAUCCGAUAUUCAACACUUUGAAGCCUCUUAAACCAAUAUUAGAGUAUGGCAGUGUGCCAAGUAGCUUAGCAGUGGCCAGCUAUGAACUUGUCAGCCAGUCCAGUGGCCAGACUGCAAAUCAUCCAAACGGUGUGCAGCCAAUAGAUGUUGUUGACAUCUCUGUGGUCCAGCCCAGUAGCCAGCAGCUAAUUCUAACAAGCCAAUCUAUUUCCCAGUCAAAUGACCAGCAACCAGUUCAUGGUAGUUCUGUCUUUACGGCUCAGCCCAGUGGUCCGACUCCCCUCAAGCACCAUAAAGGUAAACAUCAGUUUGGGUCCAAACUUCCAUCCAGUACAAGUAUUCUCCAUACACCGAGUUCUGGUUUUGUAGUGCAGUCAACUAGCCAAAUGCCAGUACAAACCAUCUACCAGUCCGUGCCCAAACCUACUCUACAACUACCAGUGCAAGCCAGCUACCAAUCAGAGGCCCAGUCUGCUUCUCAAAAGCCAGGACAAACCAGUUACCUGUCUGUGCCCCAAAUUGUUGUCCAACCAGCCCACAUCAGCUACCAGUCUGUAGCCCAACCGAUUGUUCAACAAGCCAGCUAUGAAUCUGUGUCUCUUUCCAAUGGAGCAAAACUUGUACAGGCUGGCUCCCAAUCAGAGGCCCAGCCAGGACCUAUCAGCUACCAGUUUGUGGCCGAGCCCAUUGUCCAACAGCCAGCACAUGUUAGCCUUUCUGUAGUUCAACCGAUCAACCAGCAAGCAGGACAAUCUACCUAUGAGUAUGUUGUCGAGCAGAGUGGGCAUCCCCUUCUCAAGCCAGUGCAUGCCCAUGGAGUUCAUCAGAUUGGCUCCAAGGUUUAUUCAUGCCAAGAGUUGCCUCAGCAUGGUUACCAGAGGAGAUUUCCGUCUCCACCUAGAACAAGUCUUUCAGCCCUAACUCGGCACUCCAAGCCUGUUGCACAGUCCAGCGACCAGGCAUCUGCCAAGCCUAACCAUCCUAGACCACUCGCAUCUACUCUACAAUCCAUUUUAACACCAGCUCAAGUGUUAUCUAGCCAGCAGUUUCUUUCUCGGCCCAGCUACACUCCCCAAGCUUUGCUAGUGGAACCCAUGUACCAGCCUCUGGCACAAUCAAAUUCAGAGACCAUCUCUCUCGGUGAAUACCAGAUAUCUCCUGUUCCAGGGCAGUUUGUUUCCCAGCCUCAAAUGCUUCCUAGUAGUCAGUCUCUCACUCAGUCAAGCUCUUCUUCCUCAGGCAUGCCAGUGCAGUCCAGCUACCAGCCUCUGGUAUCAUCAAGUUAUGAGACCGUCUUACAGCCUGGAUUUCAGACCUCCUCAGUGCUUGUGCCAUCAAGUUACCAAUCUACAAGUUCCAAAGCAUUGAGCGGUCCGGUAGUUUCAAGCCAUGAGUCUGUGUUUCAGUCGGUUCAACCUGAACUUGCAGUUCCGCUACAGGUGGAUUAUCAGUCUGUCACAGGCCAAAAUGCUCCUGGAACUGCUCAAAACAUUAGGCAUCCAUCCCAGUUGUUCAGGCUGUUGCAACAAGUGAAGUCCUAGAUACUUGUGUUCUGGUUCCAGAGUCAUGUUUGCUGUCUGAUGUCAAUAAAACAUUAUUUAAAUAUC